AUGGAGACACGAUUCACUAGAAGAAGACCCAUGCGAUCGCCCGAGGAGGGAGCCCCUACUGGAGCUGGUCCUGGAACGGGGGACAGAGCGAGCGGCCAGCGUCUGGAGGAUGACGAGGUGCAAGAGCGGCCCUCCAGGCAACGGGCUCAGCCCGUAAACUAUACGCAAUACAGACAAGGCAGCGAUAGACUUCACCCAGGCAAUGCUGCACCUGCUAACGAUGCUGCAACUGACCGCCGUCAGUCGCUCACUUUGGCAGGCCGCCCACGGCAGCGGAUCAUGUGGACGAAAGAGAUGAACAUGUACGUGAUUCGUUGCCACUACGUUUGCACGAGAUUGGAGACGGAUAUGUCUGGCAGGUCUAGAAUGCUGGACAUGUUCAAUGAGCGGUUCCCACGAUAUGCCAACCAGCUUGAUCGGAACAAGCUGUACACCCGACGACGAGCAAUACUGACGAAUAAUAUGCUCACAGCCGCCGAGUUGGACACAAUCAAGCUGGAAGUGCAGAGGGAACUUUGGAGUACAGGGAACAGAUCGAGCGAUAUGUCGAGAAGGAGUUCUGUUGGGCUGGAUCUAACCGUAGACAUGCCAGUAGAGGAGCCAGCAGAAGAGCUGGCUACUCCAGAACCAACAGUGAGCCUGGAACAACAGCUACGAGACGAACUAGCUUUCCAUAUGGAUGCGGCGGUUACACAGUUUCGGGGAACGGAUCCCUUAUCCCGACACAGGAUACCAAAGCUUCAGUAUACCUACCGGCUGACGAAUGCAGUAAGCAUCCUUAACCGGGAUAUUCUGUCACAGUAUUCGGAAGUCGUGCAGAACCUAGAGGAACUGCAGUGCAUGGUGUAUUGUGCAGCUGUAGCCGUCGUGAGAACGCUGGGAUUGCGCACCUACCCCCAAGGUAACGACGAAAGUCGCACUCGCCCCAGCAAACAAAAGCCUGCAUGGAUGCGACGAUUGGAAUCCCGAGUUGCAUCACUACGGGCAAAAAUUGGUCGGUUAACGCAAUACACCAGGGGGAGCCGAUCAAGAAGGCUGGUUCGUCAAGUAGCUGAAAUUGUUAAGCCCGCAGAGCUCCGUGAUCUUAGUGAACCCAACCUCACAGAGAUCCUCGACACCCACGUACAGCGGUUAAGUGCUCUUGCUAAACGGAUGCGACGUUAUAGUGAAUGUUCGAAGCGGAAAGAACAAAAUCGGAUGUUCAGGACUAACGAACGAGAGUUCUACAAUCACAUUCAGAACAGAAAUCCGGACUACAGCGAGGGACUCCCUGAGAUUGGCGAACCGCAGGAAGCAGCACAAUAA